AUGGCAGGAUCACCUAAUGAACGCACAAUUGAGCAAGUUGCCAAUGAGCUAGUGCUUUUGGCCAAUCGUGCUGGCCCUAGCGAUUUGGUCUCGCUAAUGGCAUCCUUGCAUGCCCGAUUGAAAAUCUCAAUUCAACACCAUGGCAAGGGCAAUCGGCGUUCGUACCAAUUAACAAAGCGUGGCACAGCUGCGGUUGUUGAUCUGCCUCCUGAUCUUGCUGAAACUGUCGAAGAUGAGAAUGGCUCACGUGAUGGCGGUAUUUCUGCAGCUGGUGACACUAAUAGCAACAUGGAUGGUACUGGCGCGUCCGUUGAUGUCGAUACUUCUAUUGCUUGUGGGUCUGGUGAUGUCGAUACUUCUAUUGCUUGUGCUAGUGAGGAUACUAGUUCUGUCAAUGCAGAUAUGGAUGAUCCAAAGGCCGGCACAGCUAGCGAGCAUGUUGCCAGCCACCAACGUGAUGAUGCUGAUGUGGAAGCAAUGAACGAGAAUCCAACAAAAAGACGACGUGUUUGCGCUGCUGCUGCCAGUGGCACCAUCGCAACGUAUUCGCAAUCGGCCCUAUCUGGCACAUCAACCACGGUUACCAAGGCACGCAGGGCGAAGCCAGUGCCACGAUACGUGCUUGACGACUACCAGAAAGCUAUUUGCUUGCUUAUACCACUGGAAGAAGUUGUUGAUCUUGACAGUGAUGAGAUAAUGGAACGUUUGGAAGAUUACUUUGAGGAAUAA